AUGGACGCUCCAACGGAACAUUUCGAAUCGAUCCUUAAGAGCAAGGGACUUUGUUGGACCUCUAUUAGAGUUGCCGAUGGCCUCAAGACCUCACUGCUUGGUGCCUGGGGUCCGGACGGGGCUACCACCGGGGUCGCCCAAGAGCAAAUGAAGAAAGUCUUUCGAGGAAUGAUCGACGCCUAUAUGGAAUCCAAGUACGACGAGAAAUGUGAUAUCAGCAAUCUUGCAUUUCAAUCCGUAUUCCUCCGUGCUAUCAAAGACAAAGUUCUCUGGGUUCGGAGCCUCUCUGACCGGGAACUUAGCGAGCUCAUUUACCUUUUCAUCGAGGCCAGAGAUCAAUGUCUCAAGAGACGACGACAAGAAAAAUUCCACCCUACUACCCAAGACAGCGAAGUGGCACGCCUUGUACAGCAGUUUGUCGACCUCUGCAAUCAUUGUAUCAGCACUCGAGAACAACCAUAUGCAGGCCCAGAACUUGAACUCGCGAAUAUGAGCGACAUCAUCCCUUUCAGCAGCGCCAGCCAGUUCGUCAUAGGAAACGACGGCCACAUGAAACACGGUAAGUUACCAGACAAGACAACAAAUCAACACUACGUCGGUUCCAAUAAAGGUCCGUUUCUCGUUCCCCAGAAGCGCAAAUCUAACCGCCCGUCAAACAACCAAAAGCCAAAGGCGCAGGGGGAACAGGACUUCGACUUCAUAUCCAAUCUCGCACUCCGGCCGAAGUCUGACUAA